UGAAAGAAAUCCGUGCAUGAAGAAAACAGUUCAAAUCAAGCUGAAGUCCAGAAAGCUUCCACUGUUUGACAACAUAGACAAAGCAGAUUUCGGUUGGAUUCUGAUAACUUAGUCAUUAACCAUGAAAGGAACAGCAAAAAGCAAGGUGGUGACAUCAGGGAGGCUGACAGGAAGAGCCAAAGUGCAACUGGCCAGGAGACGAGUGACUUCAAAUCCAAGACCAGCAGCAAGCCCCGAGCCAGCCUACUCUCUGUACAGUACAGAUUCUGAAGACCAGGUCACUUCUCUCCAUAAGGGUCUGGACCGGUGUGCUGCCUUGCUCAGUGGCAUCCUUCAGGCUGAGAAAGCAGAAGCCUCGCCAAGCUUUCCUAGAGCAGUGAAGGGUGGCGGAGCAGCCAAAUCAAGACCAUCUGCUUCACUGAGGCAGAAGACCAUCAAGAAACUGCCUACACUGGCAGCUCCAGACCAGAAGAGGUGUCAGUCAGUCCAGUGUGGACCAGGAAGGACAACUCCAAGAUCAACACCUCAGUCUGCUGUUCCAGCUGCACACUCGGGAGUUAAGCUCCAUCCACCUCAGAAACAACCUCAAAACCUGCUGCAGCCUCUUUCUCACAGCCAAACACUCUCCUCCACCACCCCUCCACCUCAGUCCCAGCUCACCAUCCCACCAUCCCAGACCUCCAUCCCUCCACCCCACCCCUCCCCUCACUCAGGCCGGAUGCCUCUCCCCAAGACUGACUGCCAUCUUGCUUCUGAAGCCCCACACAUACACCGUAAGGCAGAGUGUGAGGAGGACUUCGUCCCUGUGAGAGACAUCAAUAACCAAAGCACUGCUACAGACAUACACCCAGCUGUCAGACAGAAACACUCACACACACACAGCUGCACCUUGAAAAUGUCAAACAUGCAGCUAGAGCCUGGACAGCUUGAUGGACCUCAGGACACACCCAGCAGGGAGGACUGCAGGGCGGAGAGAGAAGAGAACAUGAAGACUGUUCAGUAUCUGCUGGGAGAACUCAAGGUUCUGAUCAAUGGGCAAGGCAGUGUAGCAGAGCGGUUGCUGAGUAUUCUGGAGCAGACUGUGUCCUCACCACUGAUGAAUGUCGGUAGCUCAAACAUCCAGACUGAACCAGACCUGCACAGCCAGAACUCUCAGCUCCACAGGCGUGUGAGGAUUCUGCACCAGCAGUUGAAGGAGAGCGAGGAGGCAGAGAGGCAACAUACACUUUGUGACUCUGAAGUGCUGACUCUGCAGGAGGAGCUCACUACAGCUCAGUCCCGAAUGCAGGAACUCCAGGAUGACCUUACCGGACUGCAGAAAGCCCUUCAGGACACUCAGAGCCAGCUCAGAGACAGAGAGGCAAAGAAUGCACUUAUCAAGAAAGACUUGGAGACCACUAGAAUCAGGCUGCUGGACAGUGAGACAGAGAAGAAUCAGUUGGCUUUACUCGCCCAGCAAAGGCUGGAAGAGAUUGGGCGUCUUAAGAGGACUCUCCAGAGUUGGAAUUCAUCAGAUUGUCCUACAGUGGUUGACAGCUCAGUGUCAGACACUCAGUUUGACCAACAGCAGCACAGACGGGAUCCGACAGAGCAACCCACUGACCGCAUCACCCAGUACCUGAUGUCUCUGGGUCAGCCGGAGCCCACACACACUCAGCAUGUGUGUGUGGCUGCAGAAAGAGAAGGAAACGUACUAGAGCACAAGAAACUGACCUCAGUCCAGCCGAGCGACACAUUAUCACAUCCUGAUGUCAGAGCGCAGCAGGGUGACAAACCUGCGGAGACUUCAGCCCAUCAGCAAAACCCUCUUCCUGACCAGUCACAGUGUUUGGAUAAAGACCAGUCGUCAUGGCAACGGCUGGAGAAGGAGCAAGGGCGACUGCUGAACUCCACACUGUCCCAGUGUGACGUGGAGUCCGUGUGGUCUGAUUGGAGUACAAGGUCAGGGUCGACCUUUGACACCAGGGACGAGGCAGCGUUUAGAGAUGGCCUAUCAGCUCUGGAUGCUAGCAUAGCCAGUCUGCAGAAAACUAUUAAACUGGAUCUAGGGAGGUGAUACUCCACUCCACUUUCCAGCUUUUAUAUAAGCUGUGUUGUAAUAUAUGUGUGCCUAUUGCCAUUUUCAUUAUGUAAUAAGUGAUAUUUUGACUGGAAUAAAGCAUUUUUUAAACUUUGUUUUGGGUUGUGAUGGCUUUACUUGCAAUUGAGAU